GAUCUCACCGCGCACCGAUCCCAGGUUCACACUCACUGCAGUAUUUCUACACCGCAGUGUCUCGGGCCGGGCCUCGGGGAGCCCCGGUACGUUGCCAUUGGCUACGGGGACAACUCGUAGUUCCUGUGCUUCCACGGCAAAGCGGAAACUCUGAGAGCCAAGCCGCGGAUUCCGUGGGUAGAGCAGGAGGGGCCGGAGUACUGGGAGCGCCAGACGCGGAUAUUCAAGGAGCACCCACAGAAUUUCCGAACGUGACUUCGGAAUCUGCUCCACCUCUACCACCAGAGUAAGGACGUUGGCUUCUUCUCUGUGGACACUGAUGAUGCACUCACAAUUCUCAUACCUGUUGGACACCUAGUUUCUACAGAAGCCAAUCAGCGACAAGGAGGUUGCAAAGUUCCACAGUCAACAGGAACAAAGUCCACAGGCCCCUCGAGUGAGGACCAUGUCUUCUGCUACCUUGCUCACGCUGCUGGCCAGCUCCUUAGUUCUGAUCCAGACCCAGGCUAGCUCGCACUCGCUGCGGUAUUUCUACACCGCCGAGUCCCGGCCUGGCCUCAGGGAGCCCCGGUUCACCAUCGUCGGCUACGUGGACAACACGCAGUUCGUGAGCUUCGACAGCAAAGGGAAGACUCCGAGGAUGAAGCCGCAGGCGCUGUGGGUGGAGCAGGAGGGGCCUGAGUAUUGGGAGCAGGAGACACAGACAGCCAGGAACACAGGGAAGAACUUCAAAUUGAACCUGAAGACCCUGCUUGGCUACUACAAUCAGAGUGGCAAUGACCCUCACACGCUGCAGUGGAUGUACGGCUGCGACCUGGGGCCGGACGGCCGCCUGCUCCGCGGGUACUGUCAGGAGGCCUAUGACGGCCGCGAUUACAUCGCCCUGAACGAGGACCUGCGCUCCUGGACCGCACACGACACGGCCUCACAGAUCUCUAAGAGCAAGUUAGAGGACGUAGACGAGGCCCACCACCAGAGGGCGUACCUGCAGGACAUGUGCAUAGAGUGGCUGAAGAAAUACUUGGAGUUGGGGAAUGCCACCCUGCUGCGCUCAGAGCCACCAAAGACACAUGUGACCCAUCACCCCAUACUGAAUGGAGAAGUCACCCUGAGGUGCUGGGCCCUGGGCUUCUACCCUGCUGAGAUCUCCAUGACCUGGCAGUUGGAUGGGGAGGAUCUGAUUCAGGACAUGGAACUUGUGGAGACCAGACCUUCAGGGGAUGGAACCUUCCAGAAGUGGGCAGCUGUGGUGGUGCCUUCUGGGUUGGAGCAGAGAUACACAUGUCAUGUGCAGCAUGAGGGUCUGCCUGAGCCCCUCACCCUGAGAUGGGAGCCUCCUCAGUCCACUGUCCCCAUCAUGGCAAUCAUCACUGUUCUGGUUCUCCUUGGAGCUGUGGCCAUCAUUGGAGCUGUGGUGGCUGUUGUGAGGAAGAGGAGGAGAAACACAGGUGGAAAAGGAGACUAUGCUCCUGCUCCAGCAGGCAGAGACAGUGCCCAGAGCUCCAACUUGUCUCUGGAGGCUUGAAAAGCUUCAGACAACUGCCUCGAGGGACUGAGGAACAAGUUCUGACUCAAGAAGAACCAAACGUCUGAAGGUGUUGCUUUCUCCUGUGAGGACAAUGAAGAUCUUGGGAGUCUACCCCUGCUUACCAGGAUGCUGACCUUUCAGGAACCAACCUUCCUGUUCCAAACAGAACACCUCCAUCCUGCCUGUUCUCUGCUACAGAAUUGCAGCUCCUGACUUCCCACUGAAAAUAAGAAUCUGAUUCCUCACUGGGC